GCUGAACUGGCUGCACUAGUUCAGAGUUUAUCUCUUUCCCUCCACAUUAGAAGAAGAAAGACAAACUCUGAACUAGUACAACCAGUGCAGCUACAAAAAAGUAGCAGACCCCUUAACAUAGGUUUAAAAGGAAACUGUAGUUCGUAGUUCGUACUUGGAGUGUGUUGUGGAAUUAUCUUGUUCCGAGAUGAUUCUCCCGACGCAGUAUUUGCACAACGUAUAAAUGCGUGAGAUGCACGUAUGUACGUCUGCGAUGACAAGAUAUUCCGUGAUAUCCUUCCUCGAAUUUCUUCACGAAACGAAGAAACGAUACUGUGAUAUUAGAUUCUUCCAGCGAAAGACAAGAAGACGCAGUGCGCUAUGUAAAUCCACAUAAUCUCUUGCGCCACCAUAGGUUUUACAGGCGAAACAAUAGUUAUUAAAAGAAAGGAUAUUUAUAGCGACCUUACCAGUUCAACGUUACAUAUAAUUUUACUAAGAAAAUACUGAAAAUCAUACAAAGCAUCUAAGAGCUACAGAAGUAUUGAAUUAUAUAACUCGUCGGUGGUGUUAAAAGUACAUCGGCUCCGUUCCAGGAGUCUUUAAACCAGGAAGAAGUUCUACAAAGCAGAGUAGUUAACAUAAUUAAAAGAAAAGGUUUAAGUUCAAUGCUCCAGUUGAGCGUGUGAUAUGCAAUUCCAUUAGGUUCAUUCAAAGGCUGCAGAACUAUUGAACUGUACCUGGAGAGCAGGGUUGAAACAUCCUGAGUUUCGUCGCCGUGGCUGAGCCGCCAGUUACGAGAGAAUCGUAGCUCGGACGAGAGUCCACCGCUGGGAGCCAUGAAAAUCAAUGAGAAGAAUAUGGUAUCGUUCGCGACCUCUGCCACGCCGGUGGAUCGCGAGGGCUGGUUGAACAAGCGCGGGGAGAUCAAUCGUGGCUACCAGAGGCGAUGGUUUGUCCUCAAGGGGAAUAUAUUGUUCUACUUUGACCGUCGCGGUGACAAGGAGCCGGUGGGCAUGAUCGUGCUCGAGGGGUGCACGAUCGAGCUGGCGGAGGACGAGGAGCAGUUUGGCUUCAAGGUAGUUUUUCACGGGCCGAACAACAGGAGUUACAUUUUAGCCGCGGAGUCUCAGGAAUCUAUGGAACAAUGGAUGAAGGCGCUGGCGUGCGCCAGUUACGACUACAUGAAGCUCAUGGUGACGGAGCUGCAGCGUCAGUUGGACGCCGUGGAGGAGGAAACUGCGUCUACGCCGCUUCAACAGUCUCCCAAAGCACCGCCGAGACAACGGCACAAUCCGUUCAACAAGCCGGACUCCCAUCAUCGCUCCCAGAGCGUCAGGUCGGCGCCCGGUAGGACGGAAAACGUACCUCGGACUAGAAUAACGUUUCGCGAACUCCACACGGCCUACGGCAGGCGAAUCCUGGCGGAUCUGAACGAGUGGAGGCACGCGAGAAAAAAAGGUUCUUCCGAGCAACUUUGCGAGCAAUGUUUAAACUACCACGAGAUUACUACGAUAGAUGCGAGAGAUGAUUGCGUAAUAGGAAAAACAUUAACCACGAAACGAUAAGAGAAUGAUUUGCAGGUUUAAAAUUUUUUUAAUUAUCUAUAUUACCGAUAUUAUAUUCUUUUUGCAGUCAUAAACACCGCAUGCAAAAGAUAAAAACGCAAACGCUUCAAUAUUUUAGGAUAUAUAUAUAUAUACACAUAUAUAUUCUAAAAUAUAUAUAUGUUACAAGUUUUACAUUUAUAUAUAAUUUAAAAGCUAUUUGUACAAUUUACUUUGGACAACAAACAAAUGAAUUCACAACGCGCGUAACGUUUCAAUACCAUAAUAAAUAAAUUACUAUGAUUACACACAA